UCCCACGAACCUCCGUCUCUACCUGGCAGCUAAUCAUUAUUUGGUUACUCGAAGUCAACAUUACCCUUUGGUCCGUCCAUAUUCCAACAUCUACUCCUUUCCAGGCCUUCGUUCCAUUAGGUACUGAGUUCUUGUCUACCUUCAUUGCUCGACAUACCUCUCCAGCCUUAUCAGGGCAGCCAUCCAUAUAUACCAUACCCACCAACCCAGCUUUCCAAGUCCGAGUAUUUGCAUCGCUAGGAUAUCACCGCUGAUGUCUCUGGCUUGGCGCUCUCUAGCCCAACACGGAUCGAUUUUAUGAUUGUUCCGGCCCUUGAUGGAGGACGUGUGUAUUUCCAAGUUAGGCAACACUCCAGCCAACAGCUCGACAGCGACGACGACUGAAACCGCUAGCAGCCUCCUGAGCAGACGAAAGAAACUGAUUCUUCAGCUAUCUAUGGCGAGGUUCGCUCGUAAGCUUGACGAAUGGCUUGAUAAAUUCCCCGAGCAGCCCUCUCCCAAGACAUUGAAGCGGCCUCGAGGGGCCGUUGAAAGCAAUCAUCCAUACAACCAGGACCAGGAUAGCGCUGCCGCAACUGAGGAUGAGCUAUCCAAGGAUCAGCAUGCACAAUGGCAACAUUAUCACGCUGUGACGGGGAAUAUAAAGAAGGCGACCACCAAGCGGGCGAAACACCAUGGCCCUGAAGCACCAGGAGGAGAAGGCCGCAAGUUCGCUUGUCCGUUUUGUCAGCACAACCCGGCCAGAUAUAGGACUGUGAAGACAUGCUGUGGACCGGGAUGGGAUAGUGUUCAUCGGGUCAAAGAACACAUCUACCGCCGCCACUCACUCAAGAACACCUGCCCCCGAUGCUACGAUCAAUUCAAGACAGACGAUGACCUCAAGAGCCAUCAAAGGGCAGAAACGCCCUGCCGGCUCCGAAAGGACAACGUCCCCGAGGUGAUCACCGACGAACAAGACAAGAAGCUACACGCUAGAGCCAAGGCUGGGUUGUCAGAAGAAGACAAGUGGAAUGAUAUGUACUGCAUCAUCUUUCCGGGGCCAGCGGGGUCGAAGAUCCCUUCUCCUUAUUACGACACCUCCACUCCCACCCCUUCCUCCUCCUCAUCUAACACAUCCCCUUCUUCGACGAAGAACAAGACCCUGACAGCUCCACCAACCGCUUCAAACUUCGACAUCUCCUCCUUCAAAGACCUCCUGCGUCGCGAACUCCCCCGCUAUGUCGAGCCCAUCUUCCGGCAGGAGCUCGACAAGAUGAUGACGUCCGUACAGACGCAAAUGAACCAAAAGGCCGAUCAGCUGUUCAAGGACGUGGUAUUCAAGUUCAGCCGAACCUGGGUGUGGCCUGCUACAACAACUGGUGCUGCCGGUCCUAGCACUACCGACAACACUGCGAAAGUGAUUACGCCACUUAGCAGCCCACCCAGCCCUAGCCCGAGCCAAUUCCGAAACAGCCCCGAAGACGCCAAUGCUGGUGCCGGUGUGGACGGUCACCAUGGAGACAGAAAUGAAGAGGAAGGAGAAGGUGACGAGAUUGAUGGGGUCACGUUCCCAGAAAACCAACAAAGCCCAUCCUGGCUCGACUCCCUCGUCGAAACCUUCGAUCCCAGCAGUCUCGACCUCCCCUUCUUUAAGAAUGGCGAGGUCGAUCUCGAGGCUUGUUUGGAGGGGAUGAUGGGCAAUGGUGGUGACGAGGUUUCGGAUUCGGCAUAUGGUACUUUGCCGGCGUCGGAGGGCCAACACGGUUCUUAUGGACUCGGGUUGGGGAUGGGCAUGGGUGUGGCUGGGAUGACGGGGGUUAUGGGUUUGGGGGGGCAAUGGUGAGAUCACUUAUCAGAUGAAGGGUGGAUGGAGGGGGUAGCUCCUAGUUGAAGGUGCAUGGCAUGGUUGGUGUGGGCAAUAUUUUCUUUCCUUCCUUUCCUUCUGUCUCUGCUUCUUAUUUCGAGCCAUCUUGUGGGUUGUCUGGCAGCAAUUGUUUCGAUGAUAAGACAUUACUGUCAUCCCCUUUACUAUGUUGCCCGUUAUCUUUUUUUGCAUAACUUUGCGAUUUUCUUGAGAUCUGUAGAUGAAGUGCUAGUCCAAAGGUGGACAGCACCCGGCCCUUGUCGAGUCCGGGCACGAUACCUGAGCUUUAGACAUGGUCUGCGGAAGUACCUCUAUCACAUCGACAACUCUGCGGCUUCCCGUCCUCACCUUUCUAAGCCGCUAACGAGUGGUUCAAAUACCUGACUCAUACCCACAGGCGAAAUCCUUCGGGCUGUG